CCUUCCCAGCAGCCUCCAGUCCCUUCCUGCCGGGAUAUUCCGGCCCCUCCCCCCUGACCUCUGACCCAGCCUUCAGAUCACCCAAUCAAAUGGCUCAGCUCUGGGCCUCACACGCUGCCGCCCACGAAGGCUACACCCCUCUCCCAGGCGGUCUCUACCCAAGCCCCUACCACCUCCCCCUGGGUCACCUGGAGCCUCCUCCCCCCUCCCUGGGCUUGGCUCAGCACCACCACCUCUACACCACACCACACCAAGAAAGGUUCUACCUACCUGUUUCAUUACCCCAGCCGCACCUCCAACCCCCCUCCGCCCCCCACAGCUCCAUCCCCCAGAGGAGCUCCCGGGAGGGGGGCAGGGACCGAGACAGACCCUACCGCGAGGAGAGGGAGAGAGGGGAGCCCCAGGAGGGGUCCAGGGACCGAGACAGACCCUACCGCGAGGAGAGGGAGAGAGAGGAGCCCCAGGAGGGGGGCAGGGGCCGAGACAGACCCUACCGCGAGGAGAGGGAGAGAGGGGAGCCCCGGGAGGGGGCCAGGGACCGAGACAGACCCUACCUCGAGGAGAGGGAGAGAGGGGAGCCCCAGGAGGGGGCCAGGGACCGAGACAGACCCUACCGCGAGGAGAGGGAGAGCGACAGAGGGGAGGGGGGCAGGGACCGAGACAGACCCUACCGCGAGGAGAGGGAGAGCGACAGAGGGGAGGGGGAGCGUCGAGAGAGGAGCCCCUCCCAUACAGUGUGGUGGACCUGACACAGGAUGGGAGGAAACGAUGAGGAGAAGAGAGGGAGGAGUGGAGAGAGAGAGCGGGACCGAGAGAGAGACAGGGAGCAGGCUUGGGCUUUCCUCCAUUACCGCUCUGCUCCUCAGCC